CAAAGAUGUAAAAUGACAUACUGAUAUACCCGAUGUAAAAAUAUUUUUACUACACUAGCUCACCAUCUGAUCAAAUAAUGCAUCAUGGCACCUGGACCGACAAUCACGCCCGACCCACGACUAUCUCCAUUGAAAUAUUGGGCUAGACCCGUCCGGCUCCUGUAGAUUAACAAUUGUGCCAUGGCCGGCCAACACUUCCUCCCUCCGAGUUCGGCUCCCCCCGAUGCAUUGUUGCACCCAGACUUGGCGCUAAUGCCAGUUAUCGCUCCCGGUGCCUGGGCCCACUAUUGGCCAGCUCCCAGCGCCGGGUCAUCGCCUCUACUCCGGUUCCCGGCGUUCGGGCUCGUUAAAUCCUGGUCCCCGGCUUUCCCUCCUAGCACCCGGGCCCACUAUUACCCGGGCUCACGGCGCUGGGGAUUCGCUUCUCGUCCGAUUCCCCGGGCCCGGUUAUCACGUCCGGGCCCCAGUGCCCGGACCCACUAUUGCCCCGGCUUUCGGGCUCCGCCCUCCUCCCAGCGCCCGAGUCCACUAUUGCCAUGGUUUUCCGCGUCAGGUCUUCGUCUCCCGUUCAGUUCCAGAAGCCCGGACUCGUUAUCGCUCUCGGUCCCCGGUGCCGGGAUCUACUAUUGCCUUGGCUUCCGGCGCCGGGCCUUCGCCUCUCGUUCGGUUCUUGACACCCAGACCCGUUAUCGCUCCCAAUCCUCGAUUCCCAAGCUCUGUCCUCCUAACGUCGCCCGGGCCCGCUAUUGCUCCGACUUUCGGCACUGGGCCUUCGCCUCUCGUCUGAUUCUCGACGUUCAUGCCCGUUAUCGCUCCCGGUCCUCGACGCCCGGGCCCACUAUUGCCUGACUUCUAGCAUCGGGCCUUCACUUCUCGUCCGGCUCCUGGCGUCUGGGCCCGUUAUCGCUCCCGGUCCCUAGUUUUCGUGCCCGCCAUUGUCCCAUCGCCUGGUGUUGGGUCUUUUCCUCUCGUCUGAUUCCCGACGCCCAGGCCCGAUAUCGCCUCUGACUCCUAGUACCCGCCGGUGCACUACUGCGCCCGACACAAGGCCCGCUUUCGCCCUCGUCUCCCGGCUCCCGACACCCGAAUCCACAUAGACUCCUCCACCUUAAUCCAUGGUUCGCUCUCCCCCGGUACAUGUGACAUGUCUUCUCUUCAAUCAAUCUCCAAUGUGGCAAGGGUGUUCCCAUUACGAAAAAUCAUGGUUGACAUUCGUUUAAGUAAAAGCAAUCAGUCAUUGAAGUUAGAAUCACUCAUGUUGUCCCUGGGAAAAUUUACGAAGGCUGACAGAAAUACUGAAACAACCACAAUAUGCACCAAUAAUCAGUCUCUCAAUCUUAAACACCAUUUUAUGACUUUUCACAUUUAGGUGGAGUAGGGAAUGUUCCAAGCGACUUUCGCGGGUGGUGUACUAUAUCCCUUUCCUGUCAUUCUUGUGAUUCCCAGCUCCCUUAGCUUAUUCUAAUUUUAUUAUAUUAUUCCAAACCUUAACUCGACAAAAUAGGCUCAAUGAUCUCUUUCUUCGAUAGACCGGUCCGGCGCUCUGAGUGGUUAUAUUUGUGCAUGUUUUGACUCGCUGGUCAUUAUGGAUGAUGUGGCAUGGUGAGGCAAAUGGGAAAUAAGCACUUAAAUAAUAC